AUUAUACUUUAGGAAACAACUUAAAUGAAAAAUGCCCAAAUUAAUUGUCCGCCCAUGAAAUGGCGCUUGUCGCUUGACCAAAAUUUGCACUACUGAAGCGAACUGCAGAACACAUAUGAACGGCAAACCAUGUUGUUACGCCGCUGCCCCUCAAUAGCACCACCGUUCCCAUAUCUUUCGCCACCACUCGCACGGCGGUGGCGCCGCUGUCCAAUCUCUUCAGUUCCGUCCUAUCUCUCUUUGUUCUCUCUUUCUUCGUCUCCUCACGCCACCAUUUCCGCCGUCCCUUUCUCGACCGGUAAUUUUGUAGCCUCCGAGGGUGACGGCGAACUUACUGAGGAUUUUCCCUCAAAACAAGGUCCUCUGAAACCGGGUUUAUAUCUUGUUGGCACGCCAAUUGGGAAUCUUGAGGAUAUAACUUUAAGGGCCCUAAGAGUGUUGAAAUCUGCUGAUGUCAUACUCUCGGAGGAUACUAGGCAUUCGGGAAAGUUGCUCCACUGCUACAAUAUUAGAACUCCACUUUUAAGCUAUCACAAAUUCAAUGAAUCUCAACGAGAGCAAGUUGUGCUGAAAAGACUGCUUGAUAAGGAAAUAGUGGCAUUGAUAAGUGAUGCAGGCAUGCCAGGCAUAAGUGAUCCUGGAAUGGAGCUAGCCAAAUUGUGUGUAGACAAAAAUAUACCCGUUAUACCUGUACCUGGGCCAUCUGCUGUGGUAGCAGCUCUCUCCGCGUCCGGUUUGCCAACUAAUGAGUUUACAUUUGUUGGUUUUCUGCCGAAACAUGGGACAACAAGAAGGGAGAGGUUGAUGGUUGCUGCGAAUAAUGCAACCACUCAGGUCUUCUUUGUUCCUCCCCACAAUCUCUUUAAGUUUCUGGAAGACGCUUCUUCAAUCUUUGGGCAGCAUAGGCGUUGUGUCAUUGCUCGAGAGAUGACCAAAAUGCAUGAAGAAGUAAGGUUUGAACCUGGUGAUUUGCUAAUGUGAUUUUAUUGAUUUCACUUUGUGAUGGGUUCGACGAAUGUUGAUUAGACUUAGUUUUGGCACAUGGAGAUAUGGAAAGAUGGGGUUCACUGUGGGACUGAAUUUAGUAUUAAUAUCUAGCUGCAUGACAAACAUCUGACAUGGGCAGUCUAUUAAUUGAUGGUUGUAUUAUCACCUCUUGAUUCACAAAAAAUGCUAUAAUAAGUUCUGACAACAAAUGGAUGUAAGUAAUUGUUUUGUGAGUUGUUUAAUGCAAAUUUUACGUUUAACAAUCCUUAAGGAAGCAGAGUCUAGACGUGCAAUAUUCAAGUAAGAUCUUCUGACGCCAAAGAAAAUAUACUGCUUGCAUAUAAUAACCCUUUAAAUUUAUCUUUUUCUCUUUUACUUUUUGGAAAGGACGAACUCUAGAAUAUAUUAUCUUGGCUUAGUUGGGUGCCUGUGUUCUAAUAAUUCAAUCUUAUUUGGGGUUGCCCUCUGAAAGCAAACAAAUAUCACAUAGCUGAAUGAAACAGUUCUGUCUGUUACCUGAAUAAUAUGAAAAAGAGCGUUUUGCCUUGGCCAAAGGAGGGUGUGGGCUAACAUAGUAACUAGAAAGUAGAAACUAGCUGUGUUAUUCAUCUAGUUAGACUAUGGUUAUAAUUCUAGACAGUAGUUUUCAUGUGCAAAUUGCAGACUUGAACCUUUAUUGGUGACCUUGAAAUUGCUGGCUCCUACAUCAAAACUGACUUAUACUAUGACUAGCUGUCAAUUGCGGUUUUUUAAAAAACCAGAUAAUUUAUCUGAAAAUUGUUGUCAACAUCGUUGAUUGAAUGAUGAGAAAGAUUGCAAUCAAAAUUGUUAUUUGGAAUCUAUUUAAUCCAAAUAAUGGAGCUGGAAGAGUCAUUGU